AUGGCUCGAUCGCGAAGCUUCAGGGCUGUGGAGGGCAGCCAGGUGGCCAAGGCGACGAGUGGCCAAGCUCGGGGCGGGUUCUCGGGGGCCGUGGACGAUGUGUUGGACUCGGUGCUUGAGCCGGCGGGACGAGGGACCAAUACAGGCCGUGACAAGGUGCCAGGCCAAGUUCGGAGCGUAGGCGAGAGGGUCUAA